AAGUUAUACAUCGGUCAUCUCCCUCUCUCCUGAUAUGCUGCUCAUCAUUCCUGCUGCGCCAUCAUCUCCGCCGUUCCUACCGUGCCUCCGUCUUUGUCUCAUCAGACCUAGAUCAAGAUCUCGUCUCUGACACUUCAGAUCCAAAUCUAGAUCACGUCUCCGGCACUGCUCGUGCACAUAUCUAGAUUGCAUCUCCAUCCCUUCAAAUCCCUAUUCAGAUUGAGUAUUCAGCCUUGCUCGUGUAGAUAUCCAAAUUGUGUGGCAGAAGGAGAGGUAGACAUGGAGCCGUCCUUUAUGGGGACAAAGAUGGAGGGAGUUGGAGUAUGAUGUCGCAAAUAUGCUCGGAUUUGUUCAUCGCAUAUGAUGUUAGCUUCUCUACUAGAGACACAGACGCAUGGUGUUUGUUCAUGUGUUAGCUAAUUAGCUUCUUAAUAGAGAAAGAGAUGGAGCAAGAGUGGGCUGACGUGCUCAAGUUGAUGAGUUUAGAUAGGGUGGAAGGAAGAAAAAGAUGAUAUUUGUGUCUUUUAGCAAUUUUUUUUAUUUAAUCUCAGCCUUAUUUUUUUUUAAAUCUCAUAUCAUAUCAAGCAUUAUUUUAAAAUUUAUUCUCAAUCUCAAUUCCAUUCUCAUUCCCAUAAAAUGUAAUAUCUUAUACCAAACAAGGCAUAACUUAUGAUUGGAAAUCUAAUAGCAAUCCGCCGGCUCCAAUAUUGGCCGUCAAAAUUGACAACUGCAAACGGCAACUAAACCAAAUUAAACGCUGAUUGUGGGGCUGACCACUGACAAUAUAUAGCAGUUUCAUUCCUUCAAUCUUCAUCUCCAAAAUUGAUUCCACAAGCAAAAGAAUGGGAAGCAACGGAGAAGAAUCAUCAGGAAAAGGGAAGGUGGUGUGCGUGACAGGAGCUUCUGGGUUCAUUGCUUCAUGGCUCGUCAAGCUUCUUCUUCUUCGUGGCUAUUCUGUCAGAGCCACUGUUCGUGACCCAGAUGAUCCAAGCAAGACAGAGCACUUACUGAAACUUGAAGGAGCAAAGGAGAGAUUGAAUCUGAUAAAAGCAAAUCUGUUGGAAGAAGGUUCCUUUGAUUCUGCUGUUGAGGGCUGUCAUGGUGUCUUCCACACUGCUUCCCCUGUUCUCCUUGGCGUCAAUGACCCACAGACUGAACUUAUUGAGCCAGCAGUCAAGGGAACUCUAAAUGUUCUCAAAUCAUGCACAAAGUCACCAUCAGUGAAACGAGUUGUUUUAACCUCUUCCAUGGCUGCAGUUUUAUGCAAUGAAAAGCCUUUAACUCCUGAUGUUAUGGUUGAUGAGACAUGGUUUUCUGAUCCAGAUAUCUGCAAGGAAUAUGGGGAAUGGGCAGGUUAUCUACUUUCAAAGACUUUAGCAGAAGAAGCUGCUUGGAAAUUUGCAAAAGAAAACAACAUCGAUUUGGUUACUAUCAAUCCACCAUAUGUCAUAGGACCUCUCUUGCAGCCAACACUCAACAUAUCUACCACUACUAUUUCAAUUCUAUUCAAUGGUGCACACACAUUUCCAAAUCAGAGUUCACCAUGGGUCAAUGUGAAGGAUGUUGCAAAUGCUCACAUUCAAGCGUUUGAAAUUCCUUCGGCUAACGGAAGAUAUUGUCUAGCUGAGUCAGUAAAACAUUACUCAGAGGUUAUAAAGAUUUUACAUGAAUUAUACCCGACAUUACAACUUCCCCACAAGUGCGCUGAUGAUAAAUCCUUCAACCCAACAUUUCAAAUUUCCAAGGAAAAAGCAAAGACAUUGGGAAUUGAGUUCAUUCCAUUUCAAGUGAGUAUGAUAGAGGUUGUGGAAAGUUUGAAAGAGAAGAAAUUUAUUGACUUUUAAAUAUUGUGAUGUAGCCAAGUCAUAAAAUCUUUUUAGAAUAAAUAUUAAUAAUCAUUAUCAUGUGAUGUUAUUUAAAAAAAUGCAGUUUUUGGUUUAAACCAAUUUAUAUUGUAAUAAUGUAAACAUGUUUUUUUUUUUCUGUAUAAAGAUGCUCCAACUCCUAAUUAAUUUAAGGUCCAUUUGAUGGUUUU